AUGAUGUCCUCCACGUACAUGCAAACAUUAAACGAGAUUCUUGUAGUCGAAGGGCGUUUUUCACUAUUUGCUAGAUCGUUCGCAAUUGAAAACCGCACAAUAACUGUUCUAAACAACAAACUCAUGGUAACAAACGCUGCAUCGAAUCGAGACCGUUAGAUCUUGAUACCCGAUAAUAUUACAAACAUCGGUAUCUUCAUUAGUUUUUGUCGUCCGAACGUCACAGAUAUUUCUUGACUCAAUUUUAGGGCGCGAAUUUUCAGACUAAACCAAAGGUUAAAAUGUCUCUUCUUGGUCAGUAAAAUAUAAACCCUAUUUCCAGCAUUAUGAAUGAUUAGAUUAAACAAAAUACUAUUAAAUAUUUGAAAAUUGUAUUCAAUUUGACACAAGUAUUUGAUGCACUGACCGAAUCGCGUGUAAUACCAGGUUACCCUUUGGUAUUAUUGAAAAGCGGAUUCGGUGUAAACUAUUUCCAAUUGAUAUGAUAUUUAAAGAAGAUUCAAAUGCUAUCAUGAAACGCUAGUUCUAACUAUUUUACCCUCAACCCUCACACUGAUGUGGGGCCAAUUGCUAAUUUCAUGUUUUAUAUGAUUGUGUGAGGUUUUUGUAUAUGAUAUCCGUAAUUUCCGAAAACUUUAAUACAGUCUAAUACUCGAUGAGUGUUAGCAAAGUGGUGUAAAUACAACACAUGCGGUUGUUUUGUCUCGAGCCAUGAUGUAGGUGGGAUGUAUGAGGAAAAUUGGUUACUCGGGAUUACCACACGCGGGUGUUAAGCGAUUUUGGAAUUCAAAUAUGCAAAGUUAAUGUAAUCAAUAUGCUGUGUAGAUUGUAAAACUUACAUUAAGAGUCUAUGUAUGCUAAUGUGUAUCUUGGCAAUGGAUUUUUCUCUUUGUAAGUGCAAUAAAAAUUUUGUGUCAUUAACUAGAUGACGAUUAAAUGAUUUACAUAAGGUAUUAUUACCGUUCACUUGUCUGAGAAAUGAAAACUUGGCGUUUCCGAUUAUUUAUUAAAUCGAAAGCGCCGAGGCGCAAAGUUUAGAGCCAUAUGAAAAGCAAUUAUCAUUUUCUGGCGACAGGCUUAUAUUGUCUUUAUCGCCGACUAGCGCGUUUUGAGGAUAAAAAUCGGGUCAAUCAAUGAGAAGAUCACAGUUGUUUGUUUGUUUCAUCAUUGCAUAAUACUCUCUAUUCGUCAAAUAAUAUCUACAAAAAUGUCGUCACCAAAAAAGACCAAAGUAACUAAACCUCGUCAUGUUUCGACUCAUCCUAGAUACAGAGAAAUGAUCAUCGCUGCAAUCAAAUCACAAGAAGAAAAGAAAGGAUCUUCACGAGUAUUUAUUCGCAAAUAUAUCGAAGAAAAUUUUGAUGUUAAGCAACAAGGUUUCACCACACAUUUGAAUAGAAAUCUCAAGAAGUUAAUUGAAUCAGAAUUUCUGUUCCAUCCAAAAACUUCACCUGGAUGUUACAAAAUCAAAAAAGCUGAACUAACUAAAGAAAAAAAAGAAGCCAAGGCAAAAGCAAAAGCUGCAAUCAAGAAGCAGCAGGCAAAAGAAAAACUCGAAAAAGAAAAAUCGAAACAAGCUCAAAAGAAACAAGUAACUAAGAAAAUUGCUAAAAAGAAAACUGAUGCUCCAAAAAAGGAAAGCGUAAAAAAGACAACAAAAUCAAUAAAAUCGAAAGAGACAAGCAAACCAAAAAAGUCUAACAAUGACUUUAGGAAAACAAUUACCAAGAAAAAAGUGGGAAUUUCAAAAAAGAUCCAGAAAAAGACAGCAAAAAAAUCGACCAAGUAGAAUGAUUAGCAUUUAAAAAAUCAGUUCAUUGUUUUAAUUCCGAAUGCAUUACCAUUGUUUUAUUUUUAUAUGAGACUAAUAAAAUUCAGCAAAUCCGCCAAACAUUAAAA